AUGAAAUGAUAUCCUGAGCGCUUCCAGGUUCGUCUCCCACUUCCAGGUCGACCCAGAGCAGCCUGUCCCAUUGCGCCUGUCUUCGCCAUCUCAUUGGCAACUGCACAACGCAGAGCUUGCUCACCCUGUCCCUGUCCCACUUCUCGUCGCCGGCGCCGUCGCAAUAUCCUGGUUCACGCUUCACUCUUUGGCUCUACGCGUCCACACGUCUACUGCGUACGGAUACAGCUGUUUUCAGUCUCUGGCUCUGGACCGACCCUCGUUGGGCCUGUGCUGGUGCUGGCUCUUCUCCCAUCUUUGACAUCUUCUGUUCGGCCUUCAGUCUUGUCGCCAGCAGUCGCAUCACGAGGUGCUCGCUACCUUAUCGGUACCAAAUAGCGUCAAGGCCCCUCCCCCCGAGUCACCAGGGUCUCAGGCUCUUGCCUGCUCGUCUUGCCUCUUGAUUUCUCCAUCUCGGUCUUCCCCGUGCUGAUUACCUCACCGGCCACCCCAAGACCCCAUUCGACCAGCAACAAAUCACUACAUCUAUUCGUACAGCUUGACUAGACUCGCGUCUCUCCUCUGUUCUCUUCGCCUCCGCGUAGAUAUUCUUGGCAUCGCCUUCACCUUGCUCCAUCACCACACUGCUUUUCUAGCUCCCGCCAUUAGAGCUAUUUCACUUUGUCACCGGCGCACGCACGCUCGCACACUCCUCUCCCGCGCAUCGCGACACGAACAAACCCAGCCGCCCAUCCGCUCCCCGCCUCUUCACCUUUUCUUGGUGCAAGCAGUCUCGUAGCUCUUAGCUUAGGAGCUCCAUUGUUCUCAGCGCCUCGGCUCGAUUCUGUCUCACUCCCGCACGCCUUCGUCAGUGUUGCUCUUGUGCGCCCAUCAACGCAGAGUCGCCGCCCAAAACCUUCAAGCCCGUCAACAAGCUUCCCCGUCACACAGAAGUGGUCAACUUUUGGUUCAUCUUUUCAGUCGAGGACUCUCCGCCACUUGUGCGCGCUUCUUGCGCGCCCGUUGUGUCGCAUCCUCGUUUCCUGCUCGUCCACCUACAGGGACCCCCAGUGCGCGCGUUCCUCCAUGUCCGAGCCGCCGUAGGCCGUCAGUCCCUCCUCCGACCUUCGCAGCUUCGGUCUCGAUAGAGUCGAUACGCCUUCUUCAUGGUCUCGCAGCCCGAUUCCGCGUCCUCCCUCACCCUGCGAGGCCCCUCCUCGGUCGUUUCGCGUCCUUCACUAUCUCGCACGAAGCGAUACAACAGGUCUCAUGUCGGCGGUUCAUCCUAUGUCUCUCAGAAUGAGUUUCCCGUCUUCAACAAUUCGGGCGAUGUCGAGAUUCUAGUCAAGGCCGGUGGUCACCAAAACCGUUAUUUGCUGCAUCGUCAUACCCUCACGCAAUGCUCCGGCUUCUUCGAGGCCAGCACUAGUCUUGAGUGGUCCAAAGCAGUUUCGGAUGGCGCCUCGAAUGACUUGCCUCGUAUUAGCGACGGCUCCUCAGCCGACUCUUACAACCCUCUGCCUUCCAGCAGGGCCUUGACUACUUCAUCUUUACCACCAAGAAAACGUUGGCGCUAUGAAUUGGAUCCAGGCACGGGGGAUGGCGAUAUACCAAUGUUGGUACAGAAGGAUGAAGACCGCUCAAAGGGUUUGAGCGCGGGCAACUCUGGGUCUCUGUUUGGCUCUGGUGGCAGCGCGGUCAACGGCGACCAGCCCGUGUCGUAUUCGCGAAGCAAGACAUCGGGCCAUUCCCACUCCUCGUCGGCGCACUCGAACCACAACUUCUUCCGCUCCGUCGCCAACCUGAGCCUCGUGCCGAGCUCGACGACGACGGCAACAAGCCAGCCGCUUUCACAGGCCGACCAAGAUCUCCUCCGCGAUUAUGACAACCUCUUCCGCAUCUUCUACAACCAUUCCCCGAUUCUCGACGGUGUCAAUAUUGCGGAUGCUUACGUUCAAUGCAAAUCUCUCAUCACCUUGGCGGACCUAUAUGAUGCAUUGGCCGUGGUUGGCCCCAGGGUUGACCACCAUCUGCUUCAAUUUCAGUCACGACUAUGGAAGCAGAUUGCCAAGUAUCCCAUCUCAUACCUACGUCUUGGCUACCUUGCCCGCAGUAGAGUCAUCUUUCAGGAGGCCUUGAUUCAUGUGGUCGGGCAAUGGCCGGCAGGAGAACGUAGCCUUCGUGCUGCGCUCCCUGACAUCGUUCUAGACAUAAUCGAAGACAAAGUCGACGAGCUAGAAGAGGUGGUCAGCCGUGUCGAGGGUCGUCUCUUCCGACUGAGCUUGAUGACGGCGAGGGGCGAGCGUGUCACACCUCAGAAUAACUAUCUCGACUGGCUAGCCGUAAGCCUGUUUCGACAAUGGCUGGCAGACAACACCAGUCCUCCGCCCCCAGACCGUCGACUCCAAAGCUCUCGCGACGGUCGGACUGGAAACAAUCAGCAACUGGCCCUCCCUGCUGCUGUUCCGCCGUUGGCCACGGUCGGCCGCACCUAUCGUACUCUUGGCGCCUCCUCAGCGGCUUACCUGGGUCACGAUGAGUGCAAGCGGUUCUUAAAAUUGACGCCUGAGCUAUAUAGCCGGGACAAUCUCCGACGCUUUGAGAAGCGCAUCGACGAGCUGAAGCUGAUGGCUCGCGACAUUGUCCGGCCUUUGAUGGGCAGUGGUUUAGAGCUGGAUAUCAACAGCGGAAGGGCCGCUGACGGAAUUGGCUACCUCACGUGCAUAACCGUCGGGGAUCGUGACCUUCCUUGGCACGGUGAGCAUUGAUACGAAACAAUGGACUCAAAUGACCGGCCAAUUUACAGCUGCAAAACGAGAUGAAGAAGCAUACUGGUUAUUCUUCCGACUAAUGAUGAAUGAAUUUACUGGCGGAUUUUGGAUCUUAUUUUUGGGAUUUAUUUUUGAGUUGGCAACAUUUGACGGAUAUAGCCUGGGAUACCCAUUGACGAAACUCGCGUCGUGCAUCGACACUGCAAAGAAGGCCUGGAUUCAGG